UUUCAGAGGAAUAAGACAUCAUGCAGCUAAAACAAGAAAAAACUGUCGGCAGAAAUUAAAUGUUAAAAUACUUACAAGUCUUCAGUCCAAAUGAAAGUUGCGCAAUAAUAUGAAUAAGUGGCAUAAUAAUAUGAGAAAUCGGCAUUAACUUUAGAAAACAGAUAUUAAAAUGAGCACGUGAGCAUUGCUUUCUGGAAACAUUCACUCUGAUGAAUGUAAAUAUAAUACAGGAUACGUGACAAAUUAAAAUAAUAACCGUUCCAUUGUUGGUUCAAAUUUGAGCACUCAAAUUGUAAGGAGAAUUCCAUCUUCAGUAAAUAAUUGUAUUGACUGUGGAAUGAAAUGAACGUUUCAUUGUGGAAAUAAACGUUAAGGAGUGAAAACUUUGCACCAAUACGUGAAAAAUCUUGCCAUCUUAAAUAAGUACUUUAUUAGGACGAAAUAAAACUGAAGGAAAGUGAGUAAAAGCUCAUUAUAAACAUAAUAUAUACAUAACAAGAAGGUGAGUGAAGAUGGAGUUCUCGAAGAUAAGAAACACGAAAGUUAUUUGUUCAUUGUUGAUCGUCAUGUUCAUCUACGCCUGCUACCAUAUGAGUGGCAGCGUAACACUCCGUACGUUAUGGGUUCAAGACGAAGUUCGACACAGACUUCGUGGACCGAUUUCUCCUUAUGACCCUCGAGUCCUGGACAUAUUGCGUCGCGAGCACCUGGUCCCACCAUCCACCAAGCCCUACAACCUUACUGGUGUUUUGUCUGAAGUACCAUUCAUUAUGAACAAUAUAAAAAAGCUAUUUGACGACCAACGUGGGGGAUUCUUCGUGGAAUCCGGAGCCUUUGACGGCGAGAGGGGAUCGAACACCCUCCGCCUGGAAAGAGAGUUAGGGUGGACAGGUCUGCUGAUCGAGGCCAACCCUGAGAACUACCAGAUGGUGACAACCAAGCACCGCAAGGCUUGGAUCUCCUUCUCUUGCUUGUCGACAGAGAAUCACCCGAAGGAGGAGGUGAUCGUCUCUCUACGUGAGAAGAAUAAUGCCGCCGAACGUCGCUGGUCCUCCUACCUCGUCGGCGUCAAGCUUAACACUACCAUCUACGAUGGUUAUAUAUCAUCCUCGAACAAGACGUAUUACGCCGUGCAGUGCUUCCCUCUAGCGUCCUACCUGUUGGCCCUCAAGGUGUCCACAGUGGACUUCCUCUCCCUGGACAUCCAAGGGGCGGAGAAAAGUGUCCUCAGGAAUAUUCCCUGGGACAGAAUCACCAUCCGCGCCAUGGUGGUCGAGGAAGUCCACUUCAAGGAUUUCAAUCACCAGUUUGUCGACGACAUGAAGAACAGAGGAUUCGUCCUGAUUGGCAAAAAUGGGUUCGACUAUUUUUUUGUGAAGGGAGACGACCCGAUCAUGAAAAAAGUCCAAGCAAUGCCCAUACCUCCAAAACAUUAAACCUUCAAAGAGUUUGUAAUUAAUAUGUAGAAGCACAAGUGCUCAAUCACUUGAACUGGGCGGUUUUGUGAUGGCGUUGCAUUUUGCUGGUCGGCGUUCGACUCCCCUCAUGGUCAAAGCGGUUGGGCACCAUUCCUUUCCUCCAUCCUAUCCCUAAUUCCCGUUCUCAUAUCCCUUACAAGUGCUACAAACUCGUCUUGACUUACCAGCUUCUCCUGAGAACUAAAUCUCACAUUUCCCCAAAUCUUAAUCUGUAUCUUAUCCCUCUCAAAUACUACAUAGUGAUAAUGGCCUAGCACUUUCUUCCAAUAACUAGAGAUAUACAACCACCCUUGUAAUCAUAAAAUGUAUAUUCAAACAACAUUCAAAUAAAGAGCAGAUAUUCAUCUAUAUUCUAGCAAGAUAAUCCCACUACAGUGUCGUUGAUCAGCGACAUAAAGAUGGCCCCAAACACACCCAAUAUCUUAAAUAAAUUAAUAAGUUCCUUAUCUACUAUAGGUGUGAAAAUUUAUGUAAUAUUUAGAAAGUGU